GAGCAACGAUUGAACGUAGGAAUCAGCACCACAACUAUAAGAGUCAUCACAUUUUCUUCUCAAAUGGCAUGUUUACGGGAGCGACAACCUGAUCACCCUCAUCGGAGAGAAAGGAACAGCAGCCUUGUGAUUCACCGUCGUCGUCGUCUCUCGCCGCCGCCGGUGAAUCAAGUUUCAUCGCUCGUUGUUCCUUUUUCUUUUCCCCCGGCCACCAUAAUUAUCAUAAUUCCUUCAAUACAGCCACAUAUAUUCCACCAUGUCCGGAUUCAAUCAUCUUCGUCUUGGUCUUCUGGUUGUGGUGGUGGGCUUGUUGUCAUCUCUUGCUGAGUCGUUCAGGUUCGAGCUUCCCCCAGGUCGCACCAAAUGCAUCACCGAAGACAUAACCAGCAAUUCUAUGACCGUCGGAAAAUACCAUAUUGUCCCUGUCAAGCAGGGUCGUCCUCCGCCCGAUGACCACAGAAUCAACGUUCGGGUAACAUCAAUGCUUGGGAAACACUACCAUUCGGCAGACCAUGUAAUGUCAGGAGAAUUUGCAUUCAUGGGAGUAGAAGCUGGAGAUUACAUGACAUGUUUCUGGACAAGUAUCGUUAUUUCAAACCUAACCAUUGAUUUCGACUGGAAAAUUGGUGUGGUCACCAAGGGUUGGUCUGGGGUUGUUAAGAAAGCCCACAUUGAUUUAUUGGAGUUAGAGCUGUUGAAGAUGCAAGGCACUGUCUCGUCCAUUCGCAACGAGAUGCAUUAUCUUCGUUCAAGAGAAAAAGAAAUGCAAGAGCUCAACUUAUCCACCAACGAUAGAAUGUUAUGGUUCAGUUCGCUUUCACUUCUUAUCUGCUUAUCAGUAGUGGGCUUGCAAGUUUGGCACUUGAAGACCUACUUUUUGAGAAAGAAAAUCCUAUAAUAUUUUGGCCUAAGUUUUUUUUCCCCUCCCCCUAGAAAGAGCUUCUGUAGAAUAUAUGUAGCAGCCAGCAAAUUGGUGCUCCGUAGA